AUGGUGGUGCCGCCGCCGCCCUCCUGCCAGCCCAGCUGGCGGGCCGGGCUCGGGCUGCAGCCGAGGGGAGAACGGAGGGGGAGGUGGAGGGAGCCGGCGCGGGGCCGACGUGGAGGAGCGGAGGGGGCGCUCCGGGGGAGGGGGGCCCGAGGAGGCGGGUGCGAGCCCCGUGUGGGGUGCGGAGACUCGGGCUGGAAUUCAGGGAGGGGAGAUCCCCGAGCCGCCUCCACCGACCCCGCCCCGGGGCCGCUCACGUCGGUUCCGGGGCGGAUUACCCCUCUCCUAACGGCGCGGCACUGCGGCUCCGGGAGCCGGGAGAGGGGGAGGGGUCGGAGGCCACGGGUCCAGAAACCGUUACUGGGAAGGCAAGUGGGCUGCGGCAGCCCUGGGCUGGGUGGGGCCGGGGUGGUCGAACCCGAGACCCGCGUGGGAGUUGAGGGGCGCGAGGCUGGUGUCCUGGCUCGCGGGAGCCGGCGGAGCAGGGGCCCGGGAAGGGGCGCGCGCGCCCGGGGGACGGUAACCGCUGCUGCACGGGGAUUGCUCCGGGCCCUCUCAGAGCCUUCUCCCUCAAGGGCGCUCUCAGGGAUCCACCAGAGCCCUAAAAACCGAAGCCUCUGGAACCUAUAUCCUCCCUCUGUCCGUCUCGCCCCAGAAUCUUCCCUGCGUCCUCCUCGCCCCCUCCCUCCUGCAGAUAUUUCUCUUACCACCUGGGCAGCUGGGCAGUUGCCCCACCGUUUUGAGCAAAGUGGAGCUAUGAAGCCAGAAACCUACAAGGAUGCCCUGCUGGAGCUUGGCUUCAACCAGGAUGCAGUCAUGGUGUCAGCUCAGAUGGGACUCAUCUCAAGGUUCAACUGGGAAAGUAUCUGCCUCCAAGCCCACUCCUGUAACUGUUGGCAGGAUUCCAUUUUUCCACUGGAUGUUCAACAGCUCAAUGUCACAGCUUGUGUCAUCAAAUAAGUGACAGGAGCCAGGGAGAGAGAGUCCAGCAAGGAGGCAGGCAGUCUCUUGUAACCUAAUCUUGGAAGGGAUAUCCCAUCACUUUCAUUGUAUUCUCUUCAUUAGAAACAUGUCUCUAAAUCCAACCCAAUCCAUCUAGGCGGCUUCUUCUUCUUCUUCUUCUUCUUCUUCUUCUUCUUCUUCUUCUUCUU